CCAAAACCCGGCUACCCGCGAGCCGGGCGCUUCUCUCUGAUGCAUCAGUGUCUGAUCGUCGAAACAAAGUUUCAUCGAUAUGUCGUGCACUUUCCAAGUUUAUAAUCCCUAAGGGUGCCAUCUGAACGGAAGUGGCUGCAACCGAAUCUUGCUCUGUUGUCCAAGUAUAGUCUCUGUCUCACAGCUAGGAGUGUGUGACGGUGCUGAUUCAGGAGGGCUAUGCUGGGUUGUUUAAGACCACAAGAACGUAUUUGUCUGUUUCAGAGACGGAAAGGCAAAUCGGAACACAUUCAGGCUUCCUGGGAUUCCAGUAGAGUGCUUAUAAAGUGCCAAGGCUGAAAGCCACAAGAUUACCUUAGGCACUUAUAUUAAUUCGCGGAUGGCGAUUAACUGUCGACAACAGCAGAAUCUGACAGCUGCCCUUAUACCCUUUCUCUGUACGUCUUGGGGUUCGGCCCUAUCCCCUAGGUAUCUCACCUCGCAGAAACCGACAGGUUUUCUACGAGCUCCCGUCGCGCGCAGGUAUAUAGGAGGAAUCUUGGAUCACCUCUACUCCUGCCCCUAUCUUCAUGAGCAACGGAGGCCGAAUGAUCGAUCACAUCUUCAAACAAUAUAGUCGUAUACGCCGUUAAAGAGGAG